AUGGGCUUCUGUCAACGAUGUGGCGAGAUCACGGUCACCCCUCGAUGCAAAUGCGGUGGGACUGCUAAAGGUAAGAUCAGCGAACCCAGGACUGAUGCGACCGCGACGAAGUCGGCGACGACGUCGAUCGCUCGCUCAACAUCGCCGAGCAUCGGCCGGACGGACUGCUGAAUACGUCACUGAUCGCUGACAAGGGUCGUCUGCGAUCAAAGAGACUUCGACGCAACUCCUUUUCAGAGGAUCGCCGGGGGAUAAGUGGAGCCAGAGGUGAGCGACUGAUCGUGUACUCAAGCUAGGAGUCUGAGCUCGCACCUACCGCCUGUUGUGGCCUGAUGUGGCCUGAUUGCGACGUCAUGGUGGCUCGAGCGGAGGUGGAGGCAGUCGAGCGUGCGCAUGUUCAGCCUGGGCGUAUAGCUCAUCCAAAGCCUUUCUUGUGCUUUAGAUAUGUCGCCAAGACCACCAGCCCCUCAGCGGCAUCCCUCUUCGCGCCAGCGCCAAUCUCGUCGGCGGCGGCGACACCCUCGUCAGCCUCAAAGCUGGGCCCCACCUCGACGAAUUCUCCGAGUGCCACCCCUCGCGGCGGAGCUCACCUCCCAGCAUCGACCACCUCCGGUACACCCGUUCGACCACCGAUCAAAAUAAAUCCUACUACUUUUGAGAAUCACGAGUUGUCGAGUGUUUUCGGGAGUGUGCUCAGCCCCAAGGAUCAGUGGGAGUGUGCUGCGUGCCAGCAUCGCUUCGUCCAGGUUCGUCUCAACUAGUGCUUGCAUGGGUGUUCCUGUUUUGGGGUCCUCGGGUCAGCUCAGGACUCAUGAGGGGCCGUCUCUAACGCCGUACCGGGUAUGAUGUUGUCCAGGAAGAGGUCAUCUACCCCCACCCCAACGCCAAGGUCGACGCGCAGCUCUCCGAGCUCUACUUUUGCCGCGAAUGCUUCGCCGAUAGAUUCAGCAAAGGCACUUGGUUCGUUUUCAAUUUUCGCAAAGGAUGCGCUGUUGACUUCUUUUUCCACCUGCUGACCCAAAGUCACUAUUUUAUCUGUAUCAUAGCAAGAAGUGCAAGUGUGCGGUCCUGUCAGAUGCUCCGUUCAUCAGGCAUGAUGACCGACUAUGGCACGAAGUGAGCAACAGAGUUUUCCCUUUGGAAAAUUGCUUACUCAAGGCUGACGAGUACACUUUCCCGUAGUCGUGUUACACCUGCUCCUACUGCUCGGUGAGCUUUUCAACUGCCGUAAGGAUUCGGUACGUGCACCGAAACUGAGUCAACGGGGUGCUGCACCGAAUUGUCCUUCCAGGAUCCGCAAACCGGUCCAGUCAUCGACUUCGCAGGAAACCCAAGCUGUGAGGCCUGCUUCGAUAGCGAGGCGUACAAGACGAAAGGUGUUCCACCGUCCCCCCAUUUAGCCCAAAAGGGGUUCGAGAUGGGUCCAGUUAAGGCGAAUUUGCGACCUGCGCCGAGCAAAUGGGGCGGCUCGAAAGCGAAACUCAACCUCUCUCCGGCAGUGAAGCCGACAACUCAGACGAGAUAUGGUCAGGAUCACAGCAACACCCCCGCAGGGAAUAGGAACAGUGCUCUGUUGGCGGGAAACGAUCGAGCGGUUCCGGGUUGGCGACUUCGGAAUGAAAGGGAGAAGAGCCCGAUCGCGGCGUCUUUGGACGAAAUGGGCAACACUUUUCGGCGACUGGGGUUGGAGCGGAGCGAAUCGCCCCUUGCGUCGUCGAAGCGGACCGAUAUCGCUGCACAGUCGACACCAGUGUCUUCGCCGACUUCUUCGACGUACGGCCGCGACGUGACUGGCACCCCCGCGGUUCGGAACACCACGUCGCGCACCGCCCCUGUUUGGAGUCAGGUGCCGCCCAUCAACAAAUCUAUCCAACCGAAGGAGGGAUCCUCGCCAACAGAAUCGACACAUUGUUCGGUGUGCAAUCUUGUACUCGGCUAUGGGGAGUUUGUACAACUUCAAGGAAAAGCUGGUGUCAUGCACAAAGCAUGCUUCCUCUGUGGUGGGUGUCGCAAACCUCUCGAACAGGGACGACAUAUUGAGGCUGGGGGUCAGAUUUGGCAUCAAGACGUAAGAAACGCAGGGAUGAUCCGACAUGCGUUCUUCGCCUUGAAGUGCUGAACCCUAUCUGCAACCCGACAGUGCGCUCCACCUCCCAAGAUGUUUCGAACCAUCGAAACCUCUCUCGCCGAACCGCAGCUAGGCCAGCCGCGCAAGCCAUACGUACCCACGAGUCCCGUACAAGACCCGUGCUGCCGAAGUUGUCGGCUCGUACUUGGCCUUGGAUACAACAUCAGCACGUCGGGAGGUACCGUGAACUACUGCGCUCAAUGCUUCAAGUGCGCAGCAUGCUCGCAACUCUUUGGAGGGAUCCCCAGUCAUCGAUCGUUCAUUGAGGUGGCAGGCUUGCCGUACCAUACCAGAGUGCGUCGAAUAAUCCUUCUCUCCUCUUGUGUGUGCUCACAUCUGCUACUACUCUCCCCUUCUAGUGCGCGCCUCCUCCAUCCCCCAAGAAGGCCGAGGAGAACCCAUCGACCCCGCUUCGAGCCUCGACAUCACGGGCUCCAUCCUCGUUACCUCUGGCCCCUUCGCAAACCAAGAUCUUCCACACUCCACCCAGCAUCAAUUCGGCAGAGAAACCUAGAUCCAUCUUUGCGACGCGCGAGCGGCCUCCCGAAAACCUCGGUGGACUGCUCGUGUGUGCGGGCUGCAGUGUUCGAGCGACGGAGCGCGAGACCAAGUCGGGGCCUUUGGGUAAGAGAUAUCACCCACGUUGUCUCAAGUGUGGAUUGUGCAGUCGUACGGUAGACUCGGAAAGUCGGAUCGGCGCGAAUGGAGAGCUACGGUGCGAGAGUUGUAGGGUAAGUCAGGCCAGGGGAGGGCAAAACCUUAAUUGAGAAGUUUCUGACGCGACGUUGCGCAUUCAACAGAAAAUCGAGGCAAGACGAUCGACCAAUCCUCGGUCGAGCUUUAUACAUGUACCCUCUGUAGAUGCGACACCACCGAGGUAG